UUCCUUGUUGUCAAAAGACAGAAUGGAUGCUGUGAUUUUAGCUAACGUUAGCUAGCUAAAUAACUUCAAAGUAACAUAGAUACCCAGUUUAUUGCAAUAAUAAUUGUAAUCUCUCCAUUUGUCCAACUCUGCCAGCUUUUAAACCAAGGUUUUUGCGUUAUCGAAAUGGGGAAAGGCUGCAAAGUUGUGGUGUGUGGUUUGGCAUCUGUAGGAAAAACAGCCAUCCUUGAACAGCUGUUGUAUGGAAAUCACGCUGUUGGUUCAGAGUCCACUGAGACCCAGGAGGAUGUGUAUGUGGCAUCGGUGGAGACAGAUCGUGGCGUGAAGGAACAGUUACGUCUCUAUGACACCAGGGGGCUCCACGAGGGCCUGGACCUUCCCAAGCACUACUACUCUGUGGCAGACGGCUUUGUGCUGGUCUACAGUGUGGACAGCCUGGAGUCCUUCAAGAAGGUGGACGUCCUCAAGAAAGAGAUAGACAAAUCCAGAGACAAGAAAGAGGUGAUGGUGAUCGUGCUAGGGAACAAGACGGACCUGCGUGAGCGUCGUCAGGUGGAGCAGGAGGCAGCGCAGCAGUGGGCGCGGGGGGAGAAGGUCAAGCUAUGGGAGGUCAGCGUCACUGAGAGGAACUCUCUCAUCGAACCCUUCACCAUGCUCACCAGCCGCCUCACACAGCCUCAGAGCAAGUCUGCCUUCCCUCUUCCAGGACGUAAGAGCAAGGCCACGCCGUCCAACGACAUAUGAACUGAACUCAACCUCAAGAGCGCCUGUUGGAAGUACUUCAGGGGGGAGAUGUUAGAGUAGGAUUGACGAGUUAGCCAGCCAACUUCAAUUAAUAUUCUGACUUCAUAUCGCCAUGAAAUAUGGGCAUAGACAUAGUAACUGACUCGACAUUCCAUAGACAACCCAUAUUAAAAUUAAGCUUUUUUUAAUGAACUAGCAAAUUAAGAGAUGUAUCUUAAUGUUUAUCGAAGUUAGCUGGCUAAAUGAGUGAGCCUGCUUUGUGGUAUCAUAGACCUCUCUGGUUUCAGUGUGCCCCAUCCUAUGGGAGGGCAAUAGUAGCCGCUUUACAGCAAGGUCUAGGCCCAUCUAAUGCGCCUUUUGGAGUGAGGCUUAUUGCCUAGUGUAUGGCCUACUACCAUCUAGUGUAUGGCAUAUUACCAGUUUAAUACCUAGUGUAUGGACCGGUAGCAAUAAAAAAAUGGUACUACCUUGAUCAGGUCUGUUGCUCAUGUCUGUGAUUAUUAAAUGUCUUUCAUCAGUUGCACCCCAAAUGGUUGAUUUUGUUAAAAUAUUUUUAAAAACCUGUACUUUAUUAGCUUUGUAAAUUUUUAUUUUGUUUAACUAAUUUAUUUGUCACUUUACUAAACUUAAAUUUCUAGUGGGUAGGAAUGGGAUAAAAUGUAGGACAUCAUUGUGUCUCAAUGAAAUGUCUGUUGGCUUCUGUGGUGCGUCCAAAUAAUAUCCUUUCUCCUGAAGUGUACACUCGUUCACUACUACAAAUCUAAAAGCAUUGGAUUGGUGGAGGCAUGGGCAAUUCAGUGAAUUGAAGUGAACACAUGCACACUUUUGGAGGAAGGAGAGGUAAUUGGAACAUUGCCUGUGCCCUUCAUGUCUUGUGUGUGAGAAUAAAUGUAAUAUUUUUUGCUGCUACUUAGUUGGUU